ACCCCCUCAUGUCAUCUACAUCCACUCGACAGUCAGAGGUACACCCCAUCAUGUCAUCUACAUCCACUCGACAGUCAGAGGUACACCCCAUUAUGUCAUCUACAUCCCCUCGACAGUCAGAGGUACACCCCAUCAUGUCAUCUACAUCCACUCGACAGAGGUACACCCCAUUAUGUCAUCUACAUCCACUCGACAGAGAUACACCCCAUUAUGUCAUCUACAUCCCCUCGACAGUCAGAAGUAUACCACUGUAUGUUUUAUUACAACCAAUCUGACCUGAGAUACACCUCUACCUCAUCCACAAAAGAAAAUUAGUAUGCUAUGUAGUGAAAUACAGAAAUACUGCAUCGCCAACACGUUAAAUCCACGUUAACUCAAGGUCGUGAAAUAACAAAAAUGAAGGGGGCACCGAAAACCGAAUCACAUUUGAAAAAAUCUGCACCAGCCAUCUCGUAGAUUUUAAUCAAUUCUGCUGUCCAUUCAUUAACACGUGACUACAAUUGCUUGGUGCUCUUACUGUUGGGACACUAAUCGCCGCGAAUCACUAUAGGCGACAACAUGGUACUGAGGCUAGAGAGGUACAUUGUCCUGAUGGUUCUGUGUCCGACUAUUUAUCCUCAAGAGAUGAAUACAAUGUGCCCGAUAGGAGGCGCUAUGUACUACGGUCCUGACUACCAGAUGUGCUUCUAUGUAGUUAUCGAAGCAGCUAUAAGCUACAACAAUAAACAAGCCGCAUGUUCUCUGUAUGGUGGGGUCCUCAGCCAUAUACCGGACAAAAGGGCAAAUGCAUUUCUAUUUUCGGCAUUGUCGGAAAUGUCUGAUUCCAAAUUUGUCUUGGGGUUGAACGACAUUGAUAUAGAAGGGGUAUUUGUGACGUAUACCGGUGAAGUACAGCAGUGGAUUAAUUGGGCUGAUGGUCAGCCUAAUAACGUUUUAGGAGGGGAAAACUGCUGUGUCUUCUUUGCUUCCGGCAACACCAUGGUUGUUAAUGAUCGUCUGUGUGCAUUCGAAGAUUACCACACAAGAGCACUUUGUCAUGUGGAUGUCUCUCCGGACGUACCGACAUACUCUUUUGAUUUUCUGAAUGAUGGCAUAGGAAGCGUUGCCCUGUUUUCCAAAGUACAAUCGCCGUCUAAAGGGAUCAUCGGAGCUCAGUUGAAGAAAGUCUUGGUCAACAGUCUGUCAAUGUGUGCAAUACUUUGUAACCAAGACGACAGCUGUCACUUCUUCGUCUACAUGGCAACCGACACUUUGUGCUGUACACAUGCAAUCCCGAAAAUAAGUCCAACAACAGGAAGUGGAAUGCAAAUAGGGGCUGAGAACGUAUGGGUACGUCGAUAAUACACAGUGACACAUCGUGUACCCCUAUACUGUCUCAAGACAUUCCUUACUAGCAGCUUAAUCGUAUCUAGUUAAUUUUUGAAGGAGGCUCCCUGUAAAAUUACUUUCCAGUUAAAAUCUAGACAUAAAAUAGAUACAUGGUGCCGUAUACUAUACUCUACAUUUUUGUAUAUCCUUUCCCUAAUCAUUUUGUAGAUCCAUUCGUUAAUUAUUUCUGUAGAUACAUUCCUUGAUCAUUUGUGUAGAUCCAUUCCUUAAUCAUUGUCGUAUUUGUAGAUCCAUUCCUUAAUUAUUGUUGUAGAUCAAUUCCUUAAUUAUUGUUGUAGAUCCAUUCCUUAAUUAUUGUUGUAGAUCCAUUCCUUAAUUAUUGUUGUAGAUCCAUUCCUUAAUUAUUGUUGUAGAUCCAUUCCUUAAUUAUUGUUGUAGAUACAUUCGUUUAUCAUUUUGUAGAUCCAUUCCUUAAUCAUUCUUGUAGGUUAUUCCUUAAUACUUCAAUACUUAAUACUUAAUACAUCUAAAUGUAUAAUUUGAUUGUGUCUUUCGUACGAUCCUACCAGUAUGUGUCAAUUACAUAAAUAAAAAGUAUUGCGAAAUAUA